UCCGAAGCCUCCUCCUCCUCUGCAAACUCUUCCUUCGACGACAUCGGCGGCGACUGGGAGGCCAAUCCAAACUUCAACAUCAAAAACUUUUCUGAGCUGCCGUACAACAACUUCGGUGUGAACCAGCACAUCAAGAUCAACGAUGAAUUCCGGGAGGUUCUUAGAACGAUCCCCUGGCAAUUCCGCGCGCCGAUCCGCUAUGCGUUCGCAUAUGGCUCCGGUGUGUUUCCUCAAUCCAAACCGUCUGGCCGUCUCCCGACCGCCGAGGAGGUUGCGCGCGUCCACCCCAAGGCGCCUCCUGCGGUCCAGAGGGCCCAGGAUGGCACGCCCAAGAUGAUCGACUUCAUCUUCGGUGUCACCUACACGCAGCAUUGGCACUCCCUUAACCUGAACCAGCAUCGAGACCACUAUAGCGGGCUGGGCAGCUUGGGCUCGGCCGCCGUGUCGUACGUCCAGGACCACAUGGGGGCAGGCGUGUACUUCAACACACACGUUGUGGUCAAUGGCAUCCUGAUCAAGUACGGCGUCGUCAACAUCGACUCGCUAUGCCGUGAUCUGACCGACUGGGACACCCUGUACCUCGCCGGCCGCCUGCACAAGCCUGUCAAGAUCCUGCGCGAUGACGCUCGAGUGCGCCUUGCCAACCAGAUGAACCUGCUCUCCGCCCUGCGCACCGCCUUGCUGCUCCUGCCCGAGAAGUUCACCGAGCUCGAGCUGUACAACACUGUCGCAGGCAUCUCCUACCUCGGCGAUCCAAGGAUGACGCUGCCCACCGAGAACCCCCAGAAGGUCUCCAACAUUGUCGGUAAUAAUAUCGCCAAUUUCCAGCGGCUCUACAACCCGCUGAUCGACAACCUUCCCAAUAUCUCCUUCGACGGCUCCAAGGAAGGCCUCAACCGCCGGCUAGUGCAGGAUAUGGACCCCGUGCGGCGCGGCAACAUGGUACGACGGCUGCCCAAGUCCUUUCGGUCCAAGCUGUAUCUUCAGUACCAGCACAAGUUCGCGAUCCCCCAGGCCGAGUUUGAUGCCAUGAUGCAAGCGGACCGUGACGCCGACAGCGUGAGCUCGGUCAGGAAGAAGAACAACCUCGGGACCGGUGGUGGCGCAGGCGGCUUCGAGACGCGUAUCGCGCAGGACGACCCUGCCGAGCUCACGAUGCGCGUGCGUAGGGUCAUCAAGAAUACGAUCGGAUGGCCGAGCACCACGCAGAGCUUGAAGGGCCUCCUGACGGGCGGUAUUUGGAAGAGCUUUGGCUAUGUUCUGGAGAAGGUUCAGAAGUACCGUGCUGGAUCGAAGAAGGCC